UUGACAUUGUUAUUCAGACGACAUUGAGACUGAUAAGAGGAGUUCCAACGCGCUACGCUUACGCUGGGGAGAACAAACAAGCUAAAUAAUCGUCUACUCGCAAAACAUCUGAAAUCAGUCACCCGACGGCCGCCCAGCAAAACAGACGUACCGAACCAAAUCGGCAAGUGGGAAAACGCAAAUGAAUGAAUGAGCGCAAAGCGAGCGAAGCGGCGACGACGACAAGUGCAGGAAACGGGUUAACACAUACCACACAGAAUUAGAAGAAGAGGCACUCUCGGACAAACAGCGGUCAGCGAUCUUUUGGCCAUAAACAGCAGACCAGACAGCAGCAUCUUCUGCAGUGCGUGCGCGUGUGCGUGUGUGGACAUAACUAACGAUUCACUCAGUGAUUCAAGGGCAGCGGUCACGCAGACGAGGCGGAGCAGCAGUAGCAGCAGCAGCAUCAGAAGCUACUUAACUUUGACAUCGACAACGUGUUUUAGUGAUUCAGAGAGGGCAGAGAUAUUUACCUGACUACAGAAUGGCACCACCCACCGUCCUGGUAACCGGCGGAGCUGGCUACAUUGGCUCCCACACAGUCCUGGAGAUGCUCAACGCUGGCUACAACGUCAUCUGCGUGGACAAUCUCUGCAAUGCGUACAGCAGCGGCGCCAAGCUGCCGGAGGCACUGAGUCGCGUGCAGGAGAUUACCGGCAAGAAGGUGGACUUCUAUCGCGCGGACAUCACGGAUCGGGAUCAAGUGCGAGCUAUUUUCCAGGAGCACAAGAUCGACAUGGUUUGCCAUUUUGCCGCACUCAAGGCAGUCGGCGAGUCCUGCCGCAUUCCGCUGCAGUACUACCACAACAACAUGACCGGAACCAAUGUGCUGCUGGAGGCCAUGGCCGACAACAAUGUGUUCAAAUUUGUGUACAGCUCCAGCGCCACUGUCUACGGCGAGCCGAAGUUCCUGCCCGUGACGGAAGAACACCCCACGGGCAAUUGCACAUCGCCCUAUGGAAAAACCAAAUACUUUACUGAGGAGAUUCUCAAGGAUCUGUGCAAGUCCGACAAGCGAUGGGCCGUAGUCUCUUUGCGCUACUUCAAUCCCGUGGGUGCUCACAUCAGCGGACGCAUCGGCGAGGAUCCCAACGGCGAGCCCAAUAACCUGAUGCCCUACAUUGCCCAGGUGGCCGUGGGGCGGCGCACCAGCCUGAGUGUGUACGGCAGUGACUUCCCCACUAAAGACGGCACCGGAGUGCGCGACUACAUACACAUUGUGGACCUGGCCGAGGGCCAUGUGAAGGCCCUGGACAAGCUGCGCAACAUUGCAGAGACUGGAUUCUUCGCAUACAACUUGGGCACUGGCGUGGGAUACUCUGUGCUAGAUAUGGUGCAUGGCUUCGAGAAGGCAUCCGGCAAGAAGGUCGCCUACGAACUGGUUGACCGUCGGUCGGGUGAUGUGGCCACCUGCUAUGCGGAUGCCACGCUGGCAGAGCAGAAGCUGGGGUGGAAGGCAUAUCGCGGCAUCGACAAGAUGUGCGAAGAUACGUGGCGCUGGCAGAGUCAAAACCCGAAUGGAUACGCCAACAAAUAGCUCCCGAUUGAAAAGAGCCUAGAUUGAUCUUGCCUCAGUUCGUGUGUGUGUCGUGCCCAUCCCUCCCCACCUCUAUGUUCUAACCGUGCAAGUUCCUCCCUCACUCCC